AUGGAUGAAGUUUCGAAUAAAUGUGACAACAUUCAUAGCACGUCUGAUGCAUCUAACAAAAGAACAUGUCCAUUAGCUGUUUAUGAUUGUAGAGAUGUACAGCUCAAUGAGAGUUCAUUGCAAGAACAUUAUACUUCAGAACAACAUCAAAAAAGUCUCGUCAGAUGUACUCAGUCAAUUAUGGAAAGUAUGAAUGGUGUUUACUCCGAAGCCGAUAUAGAUAUGAAAGAAGAAAAAACUUCAUUAGUAGAAAAUUACGAAAAACUAUCAAUAGUAACAAGAAAUACAGAAACAAUUCAUGACCAACUUAUUCAAACAGACGUCGAGAUGCUUCAAUGUGAUCAACAAAAUUCAACUCUUCUUCAAGAAUUGAAUAAUAUUCAGACAACGAAUUCAUUGGAAAAAGCUUAUCGUGAUACAAUAUCACUUAAUCAAAAUAUUUUGAGACAAGACAUCACAAUGUUUGAGCAACAAGUAGCAGAUGAAAGUCAAAUAAUAAAAGAAGGACCCGAUGGAACGAUAGUUUGGAAAAUAAUUAAUGUUCGUGAAAAGACAUAUGAUGCUCAAUCCGAACGACAAACCAGUAUUUACUCGCCUGCUUUCUACACAUCAACUAUCGGAUAUAAACUAUGCAUUCGCCUUUAUCUUAACGGCGAUGGUACAGCACGAGGUUCACAUAUAUCAAUUUUUCUUGUAAUUCUUCGUGGCCCGUAUGAUGCAUUGUUGAAAUGGCCAUUUUCUUAUCGAGUAUCAUUUUGCCUUUUUGACCAGCGAACAAUGAUUGAAACAAAUGGAACAAUACAACCUAAACAUAUCAUUGAUACCUUUCGACCUGAUAUUAAUAGUAUAAGUUUUCAACGGCCAUGUUCAGCAAUGAAUAUUGCAUCGGGCAUUCCAAAAUUUUUUCCUUUGACUGAAUUUCAUAAAUCCGAAAACGAAAAUUUAUACGUAGUAAAUGAUACAAUAUUUAUUAAAGUUUUGAUUGAUUUUAUAGGAAUAUCUCGAUCAAUGCUUCCUUUUAUUUUCAAUCUGAAUAUUGCUUUGCCUGUACAUAUACAACAACAACUUAUCUCGGAUGAAAUAAAACGACGUCAAGAACAAAACACUAAUUGA